AAGAACAAACGGGAAGAAGAAGUCUUGUACACGAAUCUGCCUUUUCGCUUGGAUGAGGUUCGAAGAAACCGUGCGGUCGUAUUUUAUCUGUCCCAAUGAAUGGAAGCGUGCUACGUUUCAUUUGGAGAAUUCCUGGAGCCCAACGGUCGCGAAUCUGCUUGUGGGAGUGGGUAUGUGACGUGUGCGUGUGCGGACCAAGUAAAAGUAAGAGCUGGUUCGUAAAGCUCUAAAAGGUACAAAAUUGUUCUGGCUUGGCCAGAUAGGAGAAAGAGGUAGUAGUGGAAGCCCGAUAGGGGCAAAGAGAAGAAAAGAUGUGAAGAGAAAAGGAAAAGUUUGGAAGCAUUGGAAGAAGAAGAUGGAUAGGUAGACGUGUAGUCGAUUUGGCGGAGGUGAAAAUGGGUUUCGGUGAGUUGGUUCGUUCGAGGAGAAGAGUAGAAGUAAGGGUAGUUGAAAUAGGACGGAGUACGGUAUGACGGCGCGGUAUGUAUAUAUGCAUAUAAUACAGUACAGUACGGGACGGGACGGGACGGGACGAGUACGAUGUACGCGGUGCACAUACGGUGGCGGAGGGGUAAAGCGCGCAACGAAAAGGGACAGGAGAAAAGAGGAGCGAGUGCGCAACGAUAGAGUAAGAGAAACAUACCGCGAGUUAAGGGGUAACGCGAUGGGCACGGAGAGAAGGGAAAGGGAGGCAGAGGUAGGUGUACUCGAUCAAUAGGUAAGUACGUUCCUUCAAAGGAAAAUUCGUAACGCUAUUAAAUACAAUUUAAAAACUUUUAUUCCCCAUGACCCGGCACGCACGGCGAAUUUAUUUUCCUUCGUUUUCGUUCUCCGUGUUCAGGGCCCCGCGCCACGUGCCUCGUGCUUCGUAUUUCGAUAAGGAAUAAACGGCUAUAAGGAAUUCGAAUGAUACUAGGAACGCCUGUAACCGUUGGAGAACGGCGCGAUGAGCGAGAAGCGCGAAUGAGGCGGCGGAACCGGAAACGAUCCGAAUUCGUGAACCAGUCACGCGACCUUUCACACACCCAGCUUCGGCGACGAGGAUUUCGAUAUUCCGGCGAUUCACUCUCACUCGCAUCAGCAGCAACAGCAACAGCGACAACAACCGUCGCAGCAACAAACUCAACACGAUCCGAUGCACAGCUACCAGGCUCAGAUAAUGCAGUCGGCAAGUGGCAUUCAGCGGUCUCCGGAUGGACUAAAUCUGGACCCCGGAGGAUAUCAACAGUCACUUUAUCUGCAACAAGACCAUGCGAUGCAACCAAUCAGCGUUAGCUCGACGUACAGUAAUUCGCAAAGUUCCUAUGCGACAAUGAGCUCACCUCGUCAGCAACACGGAAAUCAACAGAUGAUGCUGAUACAGCAGCAGCAGCAGCAGCAGCAGCAGCAACAACAACAACAACAACAACAGCAGCAUCAACAAGCUCAAAUGCAGCAGCAUAUGCAGUAUAUGCAUAAUCAGCAGCAGCAACAACAAUUACAACAGCAAAUACAGUACCGAAGUCCUACGGGAGGUAGUCCGCCUGCUGUUCAGACGAGCACCGUACUUGAACCAAACAACAACACUACUACCAGCGAAGAUAGCGACGAUAGUACGCCUCACUCUGGAAUGAUUACAGGAAUAAAACGACCAUCUCCGGAACCAACAGAUGUUGGAGCAAAACAUCAAAGAAAACCAAAGUCGCAGAAAAAGAAGAAGAAGAGGGAUCCUAACGAACCACAGAAGCCCGUGUCGGCGUAUGCUCUAUUCUUCAGGGACACUCAGGCGGCGAUAAAGGGACAAAAUCCGAAUGCAAGCUUCGGCGAGGUGUCGAAAAUUGUCGCUUCGAUGUGGGACGCACUCGAGACAGAGCAUAAAAAUGUUUACAAGAAAAAAACCGAAGCGGCAAAGAAGGAAUAUUUGCAGGCUCUUGCGGCAUACAGAGCAUCUCUGGUAAGCAAAGGUGCAGUCGAGACCGAGCAACAGCAGCAGCAGCACUCUCCACAGCAGCAGCAGCAACAACAACAACAGCAGCAGCAAGUUCAGUAUGCGGCAUACAGCGGCUAUGCUGGAACUGGAACACCCGUAAGCGUUUCGUAUCAAGUCUACAGUCCGCAACCUCAACCGUCGUCGCCUCAGCAACAGCACACACAUCCGCAUUCGCAUCAGCAUCAACAUCAACACCCGCAUCCGCAACAGUCUCAACAAAUGCAAAUGAAAAAGUCCCACCACCAUUUAACGAUGCCAGGGAAUCCACAACAGCAGCAGCAGCAAACGCAGCAGAGUUUGCUGACCAAUUCGAUGGUGCCGACUCAUAUUACCCAGCAAUCGCAACAAUCGCAACCUCAGUCGCAACAACAGCAGCACAUGCAACAGCAAGUUUCACAGCAGCAAUAUAUGCAGGUGUCGCAACAAGUACAACAAGUACAAGUGCACCAACAAUCACAGCAGCAACAUCAUCAUCAUCAUCAUCAGCAGCAGCAGCAGCAGCAGCAGCAGCAGCAGCAGCAGCAGCAGCAACAACAACAACAACAACAACAACAACAACAACAACAGCAGCAGCAGCAACAACAAAUUAUGCAUCCGAGCCCGCCGAAAGGAGAUUCGUUGUCGAACCCAUCGCCGGUUGGUAGCACGGGUCAAGCGACCAUAGCCGGUCAAAGACCUGCAUCUAAUGCUUGCAUACGACACGGAUGUCCGAAUCCUGCGGUAGCGAACAGCGAGUGGGAAGACGAGUACUGUAGCAACGAAUGCGUGGUUAGCCAUUGCAGAGACGUGUUUACCACCUGGGUUUCUUCGAAUCAGAAUCCGCAGCAGAAUUUUUCGACCGUCAAAUAAGAAUAUCUAUAACCGGGGUAACAUGACUAUUAGAACACGUUCGGUUGUCGUUCGUACGUUCGUACUCGAUACAAGCACGUCUAACGUAUAGUGUACAUACAUUGACAAGGAGAUUCGCGUAGAAUCGAGCAACCCAAGCUGAUAACAAGAACCUCAACUGGUACCGUGCAGACAUUCGCGCGGCUCGGCAGUAGGCUUGGUCGCCCUUAUCUAAACCUUUCUCGCGUAUCCGAUAACAAUUAAAUAAUAUUUUUUAGCCCGAAUUUCGCGAAUAACAGUCCCAACGGAAGACUGUCCGUAGUUUCAUGUUCGAGAACAAAGAAACAGUUUUGCUCGUCGAAGGAUUCAAGUCUUGUACCAGUUGUCACGAAAGAGUAUUAGAAUCGCCAAAGUAGCCGAUCGAAUCGAGCUGUAGUUCCAAGACGUUCCCGUCAUCGUCGUUGUAGUCGGUCUCUCUCUCUCUCUCUCGCUCCUCCUCUAUCUUUUACUUGGUCUUCUAUUUCUUCUCCUUGCCGCCAUUGUCGCGUCUUGUCCGACUUGACGUGCAUUCAUGUAUACGCGAACAGGAAUGAAAGAACUGAGAAUCGAGUGUAAGGAAAGUUGUAUUUUUAACCGUUUCGUUUGAAAACUGUCUAUCGGUGGAUACAAAGUUCCCUACGCAUACGCUUGUAAGAAUAUGUGUCUUAGAAGUUGAUCUCAAGAAAAACCUAAUGCUUUGGGUUGUGGCAAUUAAUGUACCGAACAACGUGCACUCUCGUAUGCGUCUCGAACAAAACACACGAUCCUGUACGAUACGGUUGCCAAAUUCCGAGCACAAGAUCGCGUAUCGCUGACGCGCACUCGGUUUCAAGUUCUUUCGCAAAUCCAUCUAGGAGAUGUGUAUCGAAAGAUUAGUUCACCGGAAACUUUCGAAAACAACGUAUAAUUCGGUUGCGUGCUCGAUGGAAGAAGAACGACAAGCACAGAUUUACGACGCAAUUUAUUUUUGUAUAAUUUUACAAGUGAUCGGUGCAAAUGUAGCAAUACACGAUUUAUUAUAUAAAUACAAGGUAUCAUACCAUACCGAUACGAGAAAGCGAAGAGGAACAGCGUGGUUAAUCCGAUGCUAAGUGGAUGUUUCAUCGUUUUUUAGUCGGUUUAUUCGUUGACGACGAAUGAUGAUGCGCGAUUGCAAGAGUAGCGAACACGUUGACCUUAUUUAUUUUGAAAUUCGAUAAGAUCGCUUCGGUCUACGUGGACGUAACCUCUUGCAACAUACGAACCGCUGAUUGCUUGGGCUCGUAGGGCAAACUUGGUAGGCAGAGCGACCUUGCGCGAUACCGUGCACUAAAUCAACCGCACUCCAUGGCAGUCUACGUAUGUUCACUCGCGCGUAUAAACUCUCGUCUUCUCGCCGGUGAUUCUACAAUUUCUGAUCUUUGAAAAAUGAAAGAUGGGAGAAACAAGGACACAACGUUUGGAUCGUAACAAAGGUUUUUAAAAACCAUUUUUUUGUUUUCAAUAUCCUUGUACAUAAGUGAAGAAAUAUUUCAUAGAUUUUUAAGGCUCCACGAUGUAAACAUAAUCGGUAGUGUACCAUACUCUGAUAACAAACAUCGAUAUAUCAUAAAAACGGCAUAUAAAAUAUACAUAUAAACA